GCAUGGGGGUCCCGAAGCGUCUGCCAUGCGGGAAGGAGCCGGGGGUGGCCCGUUCUCCUCCCCCCCGGCGGGCGCCUCCCGCCGCCGCCGGCGGGGCUUGGGGAGCUCCUGCAGCCCUCACGGGGGCUGCACAGUGGGCUCUUUUCCCUCGGGGAUCCGAGGGUCCCCCAGGGUCCCGCUCAGCCGGGGCCGGUCCUGCCGCCGAACACCCGUAGUGCGCGGAGGCGAAGGAAACGCCGGCCGCCUCCUUCCCUCCUCCGCGGCCGGUCCGGUCCCCUGGCUGUGCCCCCGCUCGGGCUAAGCCGCUCAGGGAAAUCCUCGGGUCAACCCUCAUCCCCGCUAAGCCCCCUGCGUUCCUCUGGCGGCCAGGGUCGGGUGGUUCCGCGGUGCCAGGGGGCGGGCAGCGCCCCGCUCUGCGGCCGCGGCGGGGCUGACCCCGCGGGGAGCCGGGAGGAACCCGGCCCCGCGCCGCAGGACCCGGCGGGGCCGGGCGGGGACGGCGAAGUAGUCCCGGCCCGCCCUCCGCGGUCGCAUCACGCUGGGCGGGAGCGCGGAUCCCUGCGCGGGGUUGCUAAGGGUGAAAGUUUGCCGUGAGUUGGCUCAGUUGGGGCCAGGGCGCGGGCGGCGGCGGGCGGGCCGGCGGGCCGGGGCGAGGCGGCACAGGCGGCGACAGGCAUCGGCACCCGCGUCCCCACCGCCCGGCGUCCAUCACCACCUCUGGCCCGCGCCGCAGUCCCCGGGCCCGCCCCGCGGAGGUCUGUUCGGAACCAAAUCUUGUCUAUGCGUGUGUCAUUUUGUCUCUUUUAAUACACUGCCCUGACUUGCUUGCUGUGAAGGGAGUAUGCAUCUGGAGAUCAAAGUUGCUCUUAACUUCAUCAUCUCAUACCUAUACAACAAGCUUCCUCGGAGGCGGGCAGACCUGUUUGGUGAGGAGCUAGAGCGCCUGCUGAAGAAGAAAUAUGAGGGUCACUGGUACCCGGAGAAGCCUCUGAAGGGCUCUGGCUAUCGCUGUGUCCAUAUAGGGGAGACUGUGGAUCCAGUGGUGGAGCUGGCGGCCAAGCGGAGCGGGCUGGCUGUGGAGGAUGUGCGUGCCAACGUGCCAGAAGAGCUGAGUGUCUGGAUCGAUCCUUUUGAGGUUUCCUACCAGAUUGGUGAGAAGGGCUCUGUUAAGGUCCUCUACCUGGAUGACAGCGAGGGCUGCAGCGCUGUGGAGCUGGACAAAGAAAUCAAGAGCAGCUUUAACCCCGACGCCCAGGUAUUUGUCCCCAUUGGCAGCCAGGACAACUCACUGUCCAACUCUCCGUCCCCCUCCUUCGGCCAGUCACCUAGUCCCACCUUCAUCCCUCGCUCUGCCCAGCCCAUCACUUUCACCACUGCCACCUUUGCUGCCACAAAGUUUGGCUCUACCAAGAUGAAGAAGGGCGGAGGAGCUGGAGGAGGGGGUGGUGGAGCAGGGGCUGGCCAGCAGCCAAGGAUGGUCAGGUCUCCCACCACCAAUCUGCUGAAGCACAAGGGCCUCUCCCUGUCCAUGCACUCUCUGAACUUCAUCGGGAGUGCUGGGAGCCAAGCCCCGCAGUCGCAGCUCUCCCCCAACGCCAAGGAGUUCGUUUACAAUGGUGGGUCACCAGGAGCCAGCAGUCUCUUCUUCGACGGCAUUGCCAGUGAGACCCAGGCCAGCAGCAUCCCGCCAGCAUCGCAGUUCAACACUGGCACAGGUGGUACCUUCGAUAUGGCUCAGGUCUUAGGUGGCAGCACCAACAGCCUCUUCCUAGAGAAGUCUCCCUUCGUGGAAGGACUCAGCUACAACCUGAAUGCCAUGCAGUACCCCAGCCAGUCGUUUCAGCCUGUUGUCCUGGCCAACUGAACACAAGGAAGGAGAGUAUUUUGGGGCGGGGAGGGAGGGGGGGAAACAAGAACAAAACAAACAAAAGAGGGAGAGAAAAGAAAACUAAAAAUAUACAGAAAAUACUCAAAACUUAUAAAUAUAGCUUCUUGGGAAACGAGAGAGCCCAGUGUUGUUGCGCUGUGGUGGCAACGCUCCUGAAGCACUGACUUGUUUUUUAACUCAGUCCCUGUGCUUUUUUCCUACUCACUUUUUUACUCCUUAAAUGAGUCUUGGGAUUUUUUCGGUUUGUGUUAUCCCCACCCCUUUUCUCCAGCCCAGGACUGGUGCAAACAUAGGUCACGAUGUUCCUGAUUCCCUGCACCCGCCCCAACGCUGGACACAGGGUCCUUCCACUUAGAUUUAGGAACGACAUCUUCAUACCACCUCGCUGGAGUAGGGACAGGGAGAGAGGAUGAGUCAGUGUUGGUGGAGAUACACACACUUUUGUUGCGUGCUAGCCAGAAACGGGUGGGUGGGCUUGCUUUUCUCUGCCCAUGGGUGUAGACUGUUGUGCUGCUGUUGCUCCAGGCUCUCCAGCCCAUGCUGGUGUCAGCUGUUCUCUCUGUGCUGAAAAGCACCAACUCUUCUCCUUGACCGCCUCCCAGCACGUAGCAGGGAGGGCAGAGUGUUACUGUGAAAUGGCUUCGUCCUGCUCCCUUCCUCGCCUGCACUUCCAGCCACUGCUACAGGAGAACAGUGCUUUGAAUUUAGUGAUUCCAGUUAUUGUCCUUGUCUGAGCGAGGAGGGAGCCUUUCUGUGCCCUCUUGGGGCCAACUGGCCAUUUUGGGUGACAGCCCUGUGGUGUAGGAACACCACCUGCCUGUCCCUGUGGCUGGGGGAGGUGGCUCUGGCCCCACUUGGAUCCUGCCCCUGCUUCCUGGACCUUCUCCCCAGCAGCAGGGGACAGCAUCCACCAGCAGUUAUCUGGGGUGGUGAUCUGGGUCUGAGUUCUUGUUCCCUGCUGUGAAUUCAUCUUGUCUAGGAGAGGGAAUUCUUUUUUUUUUUUUAAGUUAAGAGAGGCAGCAUUACUUUUGAGGAAGAGAAAGGGCUAUGUUGUUGAAGCUGCUCUCGAGUGGUGUCGUAAGGGUUAAUGUUUUCAGCCAGGCAUACGCCUGACAAAAUCCUCUUCUGGAGGAGCAGGAGGAGGUGGCUGAUCUGGUGUGGAAGGGAAGCACCUAGUAUAAGCUCAUCAUUCCAGCCAGGUUGUGUCAACGUAGAUGGCAGCAGAUUUAGAGCAGAGUGGGGAUGGGCGCUCCAAGGGGAGCAGUUGUCCCAGCCUGUGAAUGUCUUGUGCCUCCCUGCUGCAGGGCUGGGAUCUGGGAAUGCUCCUGCAGCUUUCCCUGGGACAAUGUGCUGCAGCUGGGCAGUAGUCGCUUCUGUGUCAGGGACUCCGAAACCCACCUUCACAGGAAGCCAAAAGUAGGCUGCUUCUUGUCCAGGCAGGGUGGAGGCUCUCUACAUAGGAAGGAGGUCUCCUUGGAGGCUGUUGUGGGAGUAUGGAAAAGUGCAAAGAGGAGAGAGAUGGAGAUGACGAGACUCCAGUCUUUGAAGUUCUCAGUUUAAAAGAAAAAUAAGCUUUUUGCUGCCUCCCAAACUUAAGGUUUGGUUUUCUUUUAAUUAUGUCUCUGGAGCACCCUCUGAAACCCACUUCUCCUGCAGCUGUCAAGCCAAUAUACUCUUUCAAGACGUCCCUGUUUCAGGGGAGAUGAGCUUGAACUCAUUCUUUUCCCGCUCCCUUUCCCUCUAGCGGAGAUGAAGGCGCUCCCUCCUUCCUGUGGUUGUGUUGCCAAUAAGCCUUUGCAGCAGUAAGGGGCUGUCCCAGGGAGGCUGCCUGGAGCUCUCUGAGGAGUGUUCCCAGCAUGUCCUUUCCCUCGCCCUCGCUGCAUGACUGAGGGAGGCAGGGUCCCAGCCUCGCUCCCAGUGUGGGUUCACAAGAAGGCUCCUUGUCAUCAAGUGGGUGGGUAAGGAGUGUGGAGACCAGCUGGCUUCCCCCAAACCAGUGCCCACCACCUUAACCCCACAGGUUUCCAGACUAGGAAAAGUUGCUGAGGAAUGGCAGAGCUGUCAGGUUUCCCUUCUUUCUUUCUUUCUUUUUUUUAACCCCCCCACUUACAGAUGUUACCACUGCCACCCCAUCCUUCUCCCCAGGAGUGUGUGCUGCUGAGUGCCAGCCCACUUGCCACUCUGGACUGAGGGACCCAAUCCACUUGCCCCCCUGCUGUUCCCACAACUGGCCAAGCCACCUGUGAGCUGCUGCUGUGGGACAGCCUGCUCUCCUCUGGCACAGGGAAGGAGGGGAGAGGCGGGGAUGCCCCCCCAGCCACCUGCUUAUGUGUGUGAAGCUUUGAUGCCGCUUUGCCCUGCCACACGUAUUAUACCUGCUUUAAAAAUAGUGGUGUGAGUGGAAGGAGGAAAAGAGGAGGGACCAACCUCUUUGUAUCUUAAAAGGAAAAAAGCGUGCUUCAGAAAUGUUCCUCCAGCAUCAGGCAGCAAUGGAAACUAACGGCCUCUUCAGGCCUUUUCUAGUCUUGGAUGUAGGCGUUCAGCUUCAAUUUUAUUUUUUAAAAACCUGCACUAAUUUACCUGGUUUCUUAGGAAGAGAAGAGAGACAUUUUUUUUUUAACUUUUAUUUUUUAUGGGUUUGUGUUCUUUUUGUUGAUGUCUGUUUGUAUUGAAUAAUUUGCUACAUUUGUAAAAUGUAAGAGGUAUAUAUAAUAUAUGUAUAUUUCUAACGUAAAAAAAAAAACUGUAAUUUUUUUCUUUUCAAGAUUUUUUCUUAAAAAGAGGAGAGAAAAAAAUAUUUUUUCAGGAAAAAAAACUUUAAAAAAAAAAAGUGGUGAAGAUUUCUUUCUCCCCACUCAGCCUCCCUCCUUUUCCUCCCGCCCUGACGAGUGAAAUUGACAGUUGCCUUGUGGGAGAGAAGGAGUGAAAGAGGACAAGUCUGUGGGUGCUCUGCUUGGGAUUCUUCCUGAGAAGGUGGCUAUUGAGAGGGGGAUCCAGGGAGGUUGCUGUCUUUUUGUUUUGUUUUCUUUUUUUUCUUAUUAAUUUUUUUUCUUUAGCGAAGGAGGAAUACAAUCAAGAGUUUUGUAUUCAGAAUGUUGUGCAAUAUUUUGGAACGGGACAUUGGUGUGUCUAGAGAUUUAGUUAAAAACAAACACAAAAAAAAACCCAACAAAAAAAAAAAGGUUGAUCAAAUCUGUACAGUUUCUAUUGUUCCAGAUUUUUUUAAGUUUGUAUUAAAAGCAUGAUAUAAUAA